GCGAAAUACUUAGAUUUGUUAAUAAGGUAGCAGAAAUUUAUGUGAUUUCACUUACAUUUCGAGUUCAUUUCGCCUUCUUGUCCGCAAAACACACACAAAAUCAAAACCCCCCAAAAUAGAAGAAAGCUUUAAACACACACAUAAAAAAGACGAGCCCUUUAACCCCAUCGACAUGUAAGUGAGAGAGAGAGAGAGAGCAGCAGUUUAGUUUUGUCUGAAAAAUUGAAUCUUGGAAAUUAAAAAAACCACCAAGCGUUUCUUUUUAGAAUGGGAGAGGAGAAGAAGCUCGAAGAGAAGUUAAAGGAGGUGGGAUCCAAGCUGGAAACACUUCCUUCUACUAAAGAUGGUGUUGUUAAACUUCUGAAGCAAGCUGCUACUUGUCUUUCUGAGAUGGAUCAGUCACCACCGGCUUCAGUGUCAGAGUCAAUGCAGCCUUUUCUUGAUGCAAUUGUAAAGCCAGAAUUGUUGAAGCAUCAAGAUAGGGAUGUUAAGCUUCUAGUUGCAACCUGUAUUUGUGAGAUAACCCGGAUCACUGCACCCGAAGCUCCUUACAGUGAUGAUGUUUUAAAGGAUAUAUUCCACUUGAUCGUAGGCACAUUUAGUGGGUUAAGUGAUACUGGUGGUCCAUCAUUUGGAAGGAGAGUUGUUAUUUUGGAGACUCUUGCCAAAUAUAGGUCUUGUGUUGUGAUGCUGGAUCUUGAAUGUAAUGAUCUGGUGAAUAAGAUGUUCAGUACAUUUUUUACUGUUGCCAGUGAUGAUCAUCAAGAAAGUGUAUUAUCAUCAAUGCAAACAAUAAUGGUUGUUCUCAUAGAAGAAAGCGAGGAUUUCAGAGAGGAUCUUCUACUUGUUAUCUUAUCUGUAUUAGGUCGUAACAGAAGUGAUAUCUCCAUGUCAGCAAGGAAACUUGCCAUGAAAGUUAUAGAGCUUUGUGCAGGAAAACUUGAAGCUGGCAUAAAGCAGUUCCUCAUAUCAUUAAUGUCAGGAGAUAGCAGGUUGGCAAAUAGUAAAAUCGACUACCAUGAAGUUAUAUAUGAUGUUUACCGUUGUGCUCCUCAGAUCCUAUCAGGAGUCGUUCCAUACCUCACAGGAGAGCUGCUGACCGAUCAGCUAGACACUCGUUUAAAAGCAGUGGGGUUGGUUGGGGAUCUAUUUUCUUUACCUGGCUCUGCCAUCACAGAAGCAUUUCAGCCAAUCUUUUCAGAGUUUUUGAAAAGAUUGAGUGAUAGAGUAGUUACCAUCCGGAUGUGUGUCCUUGAAUGUGUCAAAGGCUGUCUUUUGUCAAAUCCUUUUCGAGCAGAGGCAGCUCAAAUCAUCUCUGCCCUUUGUGACCGACUGUUGGACUAUGAUGAGAAUGUUCGAAAGCAGGUUGUUGAUGUAAUCUGUGAUGUAGCAUGCCAUGCCUUGAAUUCUGUCCCUGUCGAAACCAUAAGGCUAGUUGCAGAACGUCUUCGAGACAAAUCUCAACUUGUUAAAAGAUAUACUAUGGAGAGAAUGGCUGAGAUAUUCAGGGUUUAUUGUGUAAAGUCUUCUGAUGGCUCAAUCAAUCCUGGUGAAUAUGAUUGGAUUCCUGGAAGGAUUUUGAGAUGUUUGUAUGACAAAGAUUUCAGAUCAGAUACAAUUGAAUCUGUUCUUUGUGGCUCUCUGUUUCAGACUGAAUUUGCAGUAAAAGAUAGAUGUAAAUAUUGGGUAAGAAUCUUCUCUGUCAUAGACAAAGUUGAGGUGAAAGCUCUUGAAAAAAUACUGGAGCAGAAGCAAAGGUUACAGCAGGAGAUGCAGAGGUAUCUAUUACUGAGGCAGUCGCAUCAGGACAGAGAUACUCCUGAGAUCCAAAAAAAGGUUCUGUUCUGUUUUCGGAUCAUGUCUCGCUCCUUUGCAGAGCCUGCCAAGGCUGAGGAAAAUUUUCAUAUAGUUGAUCAAUUGAAAGAUGCCAAUAUUUGGAAGAUUUUAACAAAUCUACUCGAUCCAAGCACUACCUUCCAUCAAGCUUGCACUGGUCGGGAUGAUUUACUUAAAAUACUCGGCGAGAAACACCGACUCUAUGAUUUUUUGAGCAGUCUUUCGAUGAAGUGUUCUUAUUUACUUUUCAACAAGGAGCAUGUGAAAGAAAUUCUUUCGGACGUCAACACACAUAACUCUGCUGGAAAUAUGCAUUUUACUCGAUCUUGUAUGGAUUUACUGGUGAUUCUUGCUCGCUUCAGUCCAUUGCUGCUUGGUGGCUCAGGGGAAGAGCUAAUAAAUUUUCUGAAAGAUGACAACGAAAUAAUAAAAGAAGGUGCUUUGCAUGUUUUGGCAAAGGCUGGUGGUACAAUCCGAGAACAACUUGCGGAGUCAUCAAGUGCAAUUGACCUUAUAUUGGAGAGGCUUUGCUUAGAAGGUAGUCGAAGACAGGCCAAGUAUGCUGUGCAUGCCCUAGCAACAAUCACAAAGGAUGAUGGGCUCAAGUCCCUCUCUGUUUUAUACAAGAGACUCGUUGACAUGCUGGAGGAGAAGAGACAUUUGCCUGCUGUACUACAAUCUCUGGGAUGCAUAGCACAGGCUGCAAUGCCGGUUUUUGAAACUAGAGAAAAUGAAAUUGAAAAAUUCAUUAAGAACAAAAUUCUAGAAUGCAGUAGUAAAUCAGAAGAUAAUACAAAAGCUUGCUGGGACGACAAAAGUGAACUUUGUUUGUUGAAGAUAUAUGGAAUUAAGACAUUGGUCAACAGCUACUUGCCGGUUAAAGAUGUUCAACUUCGUCGUGGUAUUGACAGCCAUCUGGAAAUCCUUAGAAACAUACUUCUUUUUGGAGAAAUAUCGAAAGAUAUUGAAUCAAGUUCAGUUGAUAAGGCCCACUUGAGGCUUGCUUCUGCAAAGGCAGUUCUUCGUUUGUCGAAGCAUUGGGAUCAUAAGAUAUCUGUUGAUCUCUUGCAUUUAACCUUGAGGACACCAGAGAUUGCUUUCCCACAAGCUAGGAAAUUAUUCCUGAGUAAAGUUCACCAAUACAUCAAGGACCGGGUUCUGGAUCCAAAGUAUGCUUGUGCCUUCUUAUUUAAUAUGACAGGAUCCAAACCCCUUGAUUUUGAGGAGGAGAAUCAGAACCUUGCUGAUAUUAUUCAGAUGCUCCAACAAGCUAAAACUCGACACGUCCCUGUGCAAAGUGAUGCAAAUCCCUUGUCAGUUUAUCCUGAAUAUAUUCUCCCAUAUUUGGUCCAUGCUCUUGCUCAUCAAUCAUGUCCUAAUGUAGAUGAGUGCAAGGAUAUUAAAGCAUUUGAACCAAUAUACCGGCAACUGUACUUGAUCCUUUCCAUGCUGGUGCAUAAAGAUGAAGGUGUCAAGUUGGAAGCUGGUAUCAACAAGGAGAAGGAGAAGGAGAAAGAAAAUGAGAAGGAGAAGGACAAUGACAAAGACAAAGACAAAGACAAAGAGACCAACUCUCUCAUAGUUUCCAUCUUUCAGAGUAUAAAGUGCUCAGAAGAUGUAGUUGAUCGAGAGAAGUCAAAGAAUUCACAUGCUAUCUCUGAACUUGGGCUGUCAAUCAUCAAGCGCUUAGCUCCCAAGGAGGAUGAUUUACAAACCUUGCCUUCACCAGUUUCUUUGCCUCCACUGCUGUACAAAAUAUAUGAAUAUAAAGAAUGCGAAGAUGCUGUGGCAAAUGAAGGGAAAACAUGGUUGGCUGAAGAAAGUGUCUUGACCCACUUUGACUCGCUUAAGUUUGAAACUAAUGGAACUUCCUUUUUGUCACAUCAGGCUAGUUCAGAUAUUGCUGGGGAUGAGGUUCUAAAUGACAGUGAAAGAGAAGCUAAUGAAGUGACUCUUGGGAAAAUGAUAAAGCAAUUAAAAUCUCAGGGAAAUAAAGGUGGAAAAACAAAAAAGAACAAGUCUUCAGCAGCUAAAGUGAAAGAUGCUGAAAACGAUGUUGAUAUCUUGAAGAUGGUCCGGGAGAUCAAUUUGGAUAAUAUGGGGCUAUCUAAUAUGUUUGAGUCAAGCAAUGGGCACAAAGAUCUAAGUGGGAAGAUAAAGUCAGAAUCAGAGCAUCAAAAAGUGAAAAAAGGAAAUGUUAGUGAUAUGACACCUGUGCCGGUACCUAAACGUCGAAGAUCAUCAUCUGCUCAUAAUGCUUCUAGAUUUCCCCGAAGUCUUUUAAAGGAUCCUUCGAGAGCUUCAGAGGAUGAUUCAAGCCCUGAUUUGAAAGGAAAAAAGUCCAAGUCCAAGAGCGCUGGAUCUGAAUUGUUGGUAUCAGGCAUUCAAAAGAAGAAAAAUGUCUCAUCCAAACUUAAAGGCAAAAGCUCUGAGUUGGGUGACAAUGGCAAGGAAAAUGAAGUUGGAGAAUCUGACAAAGAUAACCUGAUGCCUGGUGUGCUAAUGGAGACUGAUAAGGUCAAUACAACUAAUAGCCCCCAGUCUUUGACUGGUUCUAUGAAGAAGCGGAGAAGAAGUGUAGCAGGGUUGGCCAAGUGCACAACGAAGAAAAGUGGCAUUAAUAUUGAGGAGAUUAUGGGUUACAGAAUAAAAGUUUGGUGGCCCAUGGAUAAGAAGUUUUAUGAAGGCACCAUCAAAUCUUAUGAUCCUUUGAAAAGGAAACAUGUGAUAUUAUAUGAUGAUGGAGAUAUAGAAGUACUCCGUUUAGAAAAAGAGCGGUGGGAGCUCGUUGACAAUGGGCCCAAGCGCACAAAGAAGUCAAAUUCAUUUAAGCGCACCCCUUCAAAGGACGUUUCACCUGCUCAGAAAAAUAGAACAUCCAGUAGUUUAAGUCAGAAUAAGAAGUCAGUGACAAUUGUUAAAAAGAAAAGAACGCCAUCAAAAAACUUAAAGCGUGUGCAUAAAGAGCCAAAGAACAAAGUUGAUUCUGAUGUAUCAAGCCCUGAACAUACCAUGGCAUCUGGAGGAGAUAAGCUGAAAUCAGAUGAUUCUGAAGGGGAUCAUGCUGAAAGGUUGUCCCAGGGCAUGAUGGAUGUCGAUGAAUCUGACAAGGAAGUGGUGUCAAUUUCCAAAGGUAAACACUUGGAAGACACAGAGGAAAGAUCAAAUCAUUCUGAGGAAUCUGAUGGAGAAGUGAAAUCCAAUUAUGAAGCAGAAGUUUCUGAAGAUAUGGAAAGCAUACCAGAAGAUGAUAAAAAAGGUGAUCCCAGAGAGGAAUCCCAUUCAGAAGAGAAAGACGUAGAUGAAUCAAGUGAAGCCUUGGGAGUGGAAGUCAAUGAAGACAAAUCAGAUUCUGAAGGGAAUCGAGAUGUAGAUGUCAGGAAACCUAGUAGAAAAUCAAAGAAGCUCCGUAAGAAAUCAUCAAAUCCUGUCAAUGAAGAGGAUGCUGAAAUCUCUGACGAUGAAACUCUUAGCAAUUGGAAGCAUAAAGUAGGGAAAUCAGCAUCAAGACGAGCAAGGUGAGCCAUUUAGGCUGUAGAUCAAUCUCCAGGAAAUUUGCAAAGCUUUAGUUUUCAUGCCCUCCGUUUAGUUGGUGUAGCUGGUGCAGAAUCAAAGAAGUUGAAAGCCAUUCAUCGAUGUAAACACACACUAAUAAAGUCUCAAGCGGUUGCCUUUGCACAGAUGAUUGUAAAGUAACCUAAGGCCUUCCCAAUGCUAAGGUAGGAAUGUUAGUGUUAGUUUCCAGGACGGUGGUAGAUGAUAGGUUGGUGUCUUUUGUUCACGGGUUGUAGUCCUAGUGCAUGUUUUCUAACCUCCUGGAUUGGUAAAUUGAUAGGUCACUUGUAUAGUUACAGUUGGGGAUACUGUUGUAUGUCAGAAGGAUAUUUAUUUUGAUUCUGGGAACCCAUGGAAUUAUAAAUUGACUGCAUAUCUUGUUA